AUGGCAUCACUCCUCCUCCUCCUUGACAUCUUCUCGUUCGACGCUGCUAUCGACGUCAUUGGCAGCAGAAGCAUCAGUCGCAAUAGCAGCGCAAUCUCCUACCCGCUAGGUGGUGCCGCAUUCACCAUGAUUGCCUCUCGCUCCGGGCCGCAUUUGCUUCGGAGAGCGCUCACCCAUUUCCCCAAGGCACACCUUCGAACCCUCACCUCGACAUCAAAUACCCGCGAUAAAAGCUACUAUCCACCUCCAGAACCGUUCGGCACCGGUGCUGCCGUCGGCGGCGCCAUCUCCUUCGAACCCUCUCCUUUCUCCACAUUCGGCGCAUCCCCUGACCUCCUCACCCACUACCUCUCGCUCCAACCUGCCCCGCUCACCCUCCGCCAGCUCAUGGCACAAGGUGGAAAGCCAGGCCAGGCUCUCACUCCCGAACAGCUCCUCCUCUCCGCCCAACACACGCAUCGAGAGCUGCCCAUCCGUCUAGCCCGCAGAGUAGGCGGAUUCCGCGCGCUGCCCUUCAUCGUAGGCAGCAAUCCGUUCAUCUCGAGGAUCGCCCGAUUGUACGCAUCCAGUUUCGAAACGCUGGUCAAGUUCGGUCAGAUCCAGACGCAGGAGGACAACCAGAGGUUUACGGCUGUCAUCGAGGAUCUCGUCUCCGCUCACGCGCAGAACAUUCCGACGCUGGCGAGGGGCUUUCAGGAGGCGAGAAAGUACAUGGAUGCUCGGCAGAUUUCGGCGUUUUUGGAUGCGGCGAUUCAUUCGAGGAUCGCGAUCCGCAUGAUUGCUGAGCAGCAUCUGGCGCUUUCCGCGACCUCGAACGAAUCGACACAGCUUCGAAGCGAAACGAGCAAGAAAGAGGAUAGCUUCGAAGAUCACUCCCACCACCACCUCGAUCCGGACCUUCCGCCGGAGGGGACGAGCAGUCAAGGGCAUCACGACUACGGCAGUCCCACCGCCGUCGGGAUCAUCGAAACCCAACUCUCGCCCGCACGCAUGACCCGAAUGUGCGCCGCGUUCGUCCGCGAUCUCUGCGAAGGAACGCUCGGCGCAGCACCCGAACUCAUCCUCGAAGGCGACCUCGACGUCACCUACACCGGCGUCCCCGUCCACCUCGAGUACGUCAUGACCGAACUCCUCAAGAACUCCUACCGCGCCACUACGGAGAACUUUUUCAAAUCGCAAUCCACGGGCAAGAUGCCGCCGGUGAUCGUGACGAUCGCACAGUCGGCCAACCACGUUUCGCUGAGGAUCCGCGAUCAGGGCGCCGGGAUAUCGCCGUUGAACCUACCGCAUGUUUUCAGCUAUGCGUUUACGACGGCGGGGGGUGGGAGUGAGUUGGAGGAUGCAGAGGAGUCCGGCGGUGGACCGUACGCGAUGCAGGCCGUAGGCGGGACGGGAGGCGAUGCGUUGGCAGAGAUGGGCAAGAUGGGACUGGCCAGCGGACUGGGUACGUUGGCAGGGUUGGGGUACGGCUUGCCCAUGGCGAGGAUCUAUGCAGAGUACUGGAAGAACGGCUCGGCGUUGGAUUUGGUUUCGCUGUAUGGUCAUGGAUGUGAUACGUUUGUCAAGUUGCCGAGGCAUAUCGAGUUGUCCAAUACGGUUAUUUGA